CAAACAUGGCGUGCGGGUAGAGCGUCAUUAAAAAUUGUUUACAAAUUUGCUAAUCCCCGUGAAUUACUUUGGUUCCGUGGUAUGUCGGUGCUGACGGCCCGGCGGUGUUUCAAUGUGGUCCGCAGUAGGUAAGCGCGGAGGCGUCGCGCGGGCGGGCGGGGCUCGGGGCGGGCGAGGCCACAUCGCGUGCACAGGAGGGGCCGGGGCGGCGGCGCCCGGCGGGACAGCGGCAGGCGAGUGAUAUGCAAGGGGCGCCGGCGCGCUACGUGUCUGCGAGCGAGCUGUACUCGACGGACGAGGUGGAGCUGCUGCUGGAGGAGAUCCGCGAGCUGGAGCCCACGAGCUGCCGCGGGGAGGACGUGGCGGAUUUCGAGAUCGCGGGCAGCGGCUGCGGCGCGGGCGCGGGCGGGCGCUCGCCGGCCGGCACGGACCUCACGGAGCGCUCGUGGGACUCGCACGCGCACUACUCGCGCGUGCCGCCGCCGCGCCCGCAGCCGCUCGCGCCCGUCUACUGCCGACCCUCCUACCUGCUCACCUCCGACGGCGCCCUCACCUUCCUCGUCACUGUGGUGUCACUGUGUGCGUGCGUGUGCGUGUGGGCGGGGGCGGGGCUACGCGGCGCUCCGCCCGCGCGCGCGCUGCUGUUCGGCGCGCUGACGUCGCUGAUGCUGCACGGGCUGCGGCUGGUGCUGCACGUGACGCGGCUGCACGCGCUGCUGCCGCUGCACUGGGAGCGCCUGAGUGGCUGCGGCGGCGCCUGGAGCUGCGGCUGGCUGGCGGCCGGCGCGCUCCGCCUCGCGCUACAAGUGCCGCCGCUGCCGCCGCCCGCGCCCGCGCUGCUCUACUCCGCCAUGGGUCUGGGGUGUUUCGGCGCGGCGGGCGGCGCGCUGCUGACGGCGCGCGCGCUGAAGCGGGGCUGCGCGCGGCGCGGCGGGGCGGGGCGCGGGGGGCGGGGCAGCGCGGCCUCGGGCGCCGCCUACCGCGCCGUGCCCACCGCCCCACCCCCCAACCCGCCCUUAUAG